GCUGAGCCGCGUCCAGCGGGAGGAGGAAUGCGGAGCUGGCGGGGAGGAAGGCUCGGGCUCGCCUUUGUUCCCCUCUGAGCAGCGGCAGCGCCUGAGCCCCUCCUGGGGGAUCUGCUGGCCCCGGCCCCCUGAGAGCCAUGGGCACCACGGAGGCCACGCUGAGGAUGGAGAACGUGGAUGUGAAGGAGGAGUGGCAGGACGAGGACUUCCCCAGGCCUCUCCCAGAGGAGACAGGGAUGGAGUCUCUGGGAAGCCCCACGGAGGACGAGACCACGUCCUCUCCCCCCAACACCCUGAACUUCAACGGGGCCCAUCGGAAGAGGAAGACCCUGGUGGCACCCGAGAUCAACAUUUCCCUGGACCAGAGCGAGGGCUCCAUCCUCUCCGACGACUUCCUGGACACCCCAGACGACCUGGACAUCAACGUGGACGACAUCGAGACCCCUGACGAGACGGAUUCCCUCGAGUUCCUGGGCAACGGCAACGAGCUGGAAUGGGAAGAUGACACCCCGGUGGCCACGGCCAAGAACAUGCCAGGGGACAGCGCAGACCUGUUUGGGGACGGUGGCACCGAGGAUGGCAGUGCCACCAACGGGCGCCUCUGGAGAACCGUCAUCAUCGGCGAGCAGGAGCACAGGAUCGACCUGCAGAUGAUCAAACCCUACAUGAGGGUGGUGACGCACGGAGGAUACUACGGAGAAGGUCUCAACGCCAUCAUCGUCUUUGCUGCCUGCUACCUCCCCGACAGCAACCUGGCAGAUUAUCACUACAUCAUGGAGAACCUCUUCCUGUAUGUGAUCAGCAGCCUGGAGCUGCUGGUGGCUGAGGAUUACAUGAUCGUGUACCUGAACGGGGCCACGCCGCGCAGGAGGAUGCCAGGCCUGGGCUGGCUCAAGAAGUGCUACCAGAUGAUCGACAGAAGGCUGAGGAAGAACCUCAAGGCCCUGAUCAUCGUGCACCCCUCGUGGUUCAUCAGGACUGUCCUGGCCAUCUCCAGGCCCUUCAUCAGUGUGAAGUUCAUCAACAAGAUCCAGUACGUGCACAGCCUGGAGGAGCUGGAGCAGCUCAUCCCCAUGGAGCACGUGCAGAUCCCAGAGUGUGUCCUGCAGUAUGAAGAGGAGAGGAUCAAGGCCAGGAAAGAAAGGGCAGAGGAGAAACAAGACAUGGCUGAGAGGGAAAGCAUGCCUGUGCCCCCAGCAGAGGAUCAGGAGACCAGCAUGUCCUGAGUGGCAGCAGCACCGAGCAUGGAGCAGAAGGAGCAGCCUGGAGCCACCACCUCAACAAGGACCUCUGGGGACAAGAGCUUGCCACCACCUUCCCCCAAGCCCUGUAAAUCCUGGAGCCUGCCUCCUCUGCCUCCAAAGUCCUUUCACCUCUUGGGAAUCACUUUCCUUUUUUUUUAAAAAUAGAAAAGAAAAAGAAGAACAAAAAACCAAACAAACCCCCCCAGAACACGAAGCAGGAGCAGCACUUUACAGCACAGGUUCUGGUGUGUUUAGGGAAUGGUCCGUGGAGAGCAUUGCACAGCGCAGAUACUCACUGUGUAUCCUUGGAGUAAGUCAAGAGCAUCCUCCAGCCCAUGAAUCUCCAGCCCAGAGAGAGAAUUUAUUUUGGUUUCGAUGAUAAAACCUUCCCUUCGCUCGCUGCUGGCCAGCACGGAGCACCCCAGGCUCCUCCAGGACACCCCAAAAGCUGAGAACAACCACACAGGCAAUGGCAAGAGCUUUCCCCUCCUUUCUCCAGCCAGUGUGAGUUUCUUCCAGAAGAUUCCGAGUGCAGCACUGCCAGCUCCCACCGUUCCUCUGGAACUCAUUGCCAGCAGGAAAUCUCAUGGUUUUUCCUGGUUUUUCCUGUUUUUUUCCUGAUUUAUCCCAUCCAGGAGCAUGAGGCACUCUGAAGGGAUCCCACAGAACCUUCUCCUGAGGGCACACACCCCAAAGGGGUUUGGAAGGAGUUUUCCAUGAUAAGGAAGUUCCCCAGGCCCUGUUUUGGUCUCCACUGGACAAUCACUCUCUGCUGAUGCUGCUGAAGUGUUGGGAGGCUCCCUGAGGAGGGAAAUGCUCCUCCAGCACAUUAAAUUCCUCCUAAAAUUCCACAUUCCAGCCUGGGAUGGCCCCAUGGAGGGUGCAGGACACGGGGGUGGCUGCUGGAACCCAGAGGUGCAGGUGGGACUUGGACUCUUGGGAUUCGGGACUGGGACUCGUGAGGGUUCUGUGAGCAAAGGAAGGGGGAAAGAAAUGAAGGAACAUUUAAAAUUCUUUGGAAAUUCCUGAUUUCAGAGGCACAGCCAGCUUGCAUGGCCUCAGGCUGGGUCCCUGGAAUGGCCAAGGCCAGGCUGGGACAGUGGGAGAUGUCCCUGCCCGUGGCACGGUGGCACUGAUGGGAUUUGAGUUCCCUCCAAACCAUUUUUUAGGUUUUCCUGAUCCCAUGAUCAGCUAAAACCCCUCUCAAACUCCUGCAGAUGAGGAAUCCCCUUCUCAUUUCUUCACUUCACCACCCCUUUCAUUCUCCAGAUGAAGAAUUCCCUUCUCAUGGUUUCAAGGAGAAUCCUGGGUUUCUCCUGGAAGUGGGGAUGGCUCCUCUGGACACACAAAGCUGCUUUUCUCCUCCUUUCAGUGAACAAAACCACGCUGGGUGAGCCCCUUCCUCCCCUUGGGUGCUCCAAGGAAGCACCAAAAUGACUUUUCAAACCUUAAUUCUCAUUUGAGACGUUCUCCUCACACGCUCCAGCCAGGGAUGGAAAGCAGAGCUCUGCGCCCACAGCACCAGCCCAGAGGCUGAAGAUGGAAAAGAAAAAUAAAAUUCCACAUUCCAUCUGAACGAGAUAAUUAUAAACCAAUUAUUGACAAAAUAUUCCAAGUUGGAAGGGGCUGGGAUCAUGGCAGGGUGGCACUGGAUGGGAUUUAAUUUCAGCUGGGAAAAGGACAGAUCCCCAAUUUCCCUUCAUGAGAUGGAGGUGGGCACUCGUUUCCAUACAAAAAAAAAAAUCAAUUUUUAACUUCUUGGAAGAGAUUUUUGGUUUUGUUCUGUUUCAAAAAGAGCACUUUGUCAUGGAGCACUCCAAGUGCUGUGCAUUAGAUUUUAAUUUUGCACAGCUUUAUAAGCAUGUAAAGUUUAUGUUCAUGGAUGGAUGGAUGGAUGGAUGGACACAUGGAUAAAGUUUUUAUGUCUUUUAACACAGAGAAGAACCUGCCGCCCCAUCAAUUAGAAAAA